AUGCCUCGCCGCAGCGCAACCUCAUCGGCGUCAACCGACACAACUACCACGACAAAGCUCCCAGAGAAGGUCCGAUGGCCAUCGACAUUCACAGACGGACUACCGCUUCCUAAGAUUGUUGUUUUCGACCUCGACUACACACUAUGGCCCUUCUGGGUAGACACGCACGUCACGGCUCCGCUGAAGCCUGUAGAAGGCGGCUUGAAAGUAAAGGACCGUUAUGGCGAGGGCUUCGGUUUCUACAAUGAUGUGGGAGGCAUAUUAGCAGCUCUCAAAGACAAGAGCAUUCUUAUCGGCGCCGCCUCGCGCACAUGCGCCCCCGAUCUCGGCCGCGAAAUGCUCAAGCUCCUCAAGAUACCCAGCGCAUCCGGCUCCUCCUCGCGCGCAAUAGACUACUUUGAUCACAUGCAGAUAUACCCCGGCAGCAAGACGACGCACUUUGAGAGGAUACACAGAGACAGCGGGAUCGAAUACGACGAGAUGCUCUUCUUUGACGAUGAGAGCAGGAAUAAGAACGUAGAGGUGCUGGGUGUAACUAUGCAACUUAUAAGAGACGGUGUGACAAGAGAUGAGAUUGACAAGGGCGUGCAGAGCUGGAGGAAGAGGAACGGCCGGACCAAGGCCUUAGAGAGUUGA